AUGUCAGCUCGUUGUGGUAUUUGUUUAAAAAUCACAAGAAAUUACAAACAACGUUUACGUUUAGUAACAAAUGAUGCCGAAGCUAAAAUUCAAUACGGUUAUUAUUCUCUUCAUAAAAAGGACUUGAAUAGAAAUCUCUUGAAUACAAAAGUUCAUCAAAAAUGUUAUAGAAAAUAUCAGGAUCGAUGGUACAAUCAAUCAAUUAGAAAUAAUAAAUUAAGUAACGUUUCCACAGCUGUGGAAGAUGAAGUUAUAUUAGUAGAUGAUGAAAAUGAUGUACCUGAAGAAAAUUCGUCAUUAAGCAUUCAUAAUAUCGAUGAUUGUAAUGAAAAUCAUGGUGAACAAGAUGAUCAUGUUAGUUCAUGUAAAUCUUUAUUUUCAGCACGAAAUAUCUCAAAUGAAUCAACUUUUCAAAAGAAUCAAUCUGCACUGAGUGAUAUUUCAAAUAUCGAUUAUUCUUCACGCAAUGAAAUUAGUUGCAAUACCCCAGUUCGCAAUUCUGAUACAGAAGAUUUACCAUUCAAUAACAUUAACAGUGAAGACAGUAUACUCUGA